AUGUUGGACUCUGGCAUUGAUGCUUUACUCAAAUGGGGACAAUCCCACGGUGCAGUCUUGGAUUCUUCAAUCAAGUUUGAAAAAACUGAAAAUAGGGGUGUUUGUGCCUUUUCUACAAGAGAUAUAACCUCAACUCCAUCUACUCCACAAAUCAAGAUCCCUCUCGAUAUUAUCUUAAGAAAAGAAUUAUCGGAUGGUUAUUUCGGGAAGGGAAAGUUCAAAGAUGCUGAUAAUGUCAAUUCUGCUUUGAAAUUACUGGUUGCAAAACUCAAGUUUGAUAGUGAAAGUACAAUAGUUCAAGAGGAAGAUCUCAAGGCCAAAUUUGCUCCAUUCAUUGAUUUAUUACCCGUUGGAAGAGAUACCGGCUCUGUAUUCUAUUGGACAUCUGAAGAAGUCUCAUUAUUGGAAAAUACAAACCUUGGUGGUUCCUUAGAUGCAAAGAUUGAUAACAUAAUAAAAGAAUGGUACUCUACAGUGAAAUUAUUGGACAAGACACCACAGUCUGAACGAGAUCUCACAUUAAUAGAGGAGUAUAAAACACUUUCAAAAGAUGAGCUUGUUGCAAGAGCGUUAGAUGUCAGAAGCUGGACUAGUUUUGGUGCAUAUUUGUGGUCUUCGAUAAUAUUCACAUCAAGAGCAUUUCCUCAUGAUCUUAUAGACAGUGAGUGUGAAGCUGGACAGGCUAUACUUUUACCAAUUCUUGACCUGUUGAACCAUGAUAACUCUGCCAAAGUUCAAUGGAAAUUUGAUGCUGAUGGGUUCUUUUCUUUAACUAAUAUGGAUACAAUACAAGAAGGAGAUGAAGUCUUCAAUAACUAUGGUGCAAAGGGUAAUGAAGAAUUAUUAAUGGGCUACGGCUUUGCUAUAGAAAAGAACAAAGCUGACUCUAUUGCAUUGAAAGUUAAAUUACCAACCCCAGUCGUGAAAUCUGCUGUUGAAGUGUUUGGAUUCAAGAUUCCUAAAAUUGAAGACUAUACUCAAUUUGCAUUCAAUAACGAUAGCAGACCAUCUUCUGAGGCAACUGAUGAUGACAUUGAAGAUGGUAUGAUUUUCUUUAUAAACUUCCAUAAUUUGGUACCUGACAAUUUGUUAUUAUUAUUCAUGUUCCUUGCAAAAUCAGGAUUUGAAUCACAUCCAACAUUACGUUCUAAAUUAGAAGCAUUACAAACAUUGAGAAGUGCGUUAGAAAGAAAACAGGCAUUACUUAAACAAUCAAUAAACAUGUCAGAAGAUAUUGAUCCAUCUAUUAGUCAAAAUGCUAAAUUUUAUAGAGAUGGUCAAAAAGAUCUUUACAAGGCUUGUCUUGCCGAGAUUAAACAUAUUGAAAAACAAUUGUUACAAGAUCACAAAGGUCAAUUGACAAACCUCAAAAAGAUCUUCAAAAGGGAUGAAGCACUUCAAGAUAUUGUGGAGAAAGCUUUUGGGCUUGAGACUUAUGAACAGAUACUUGCUGAGGAUGUUGCUGAUAAUGUCUUGUUUUUAUGGGUUAUUCUCCAUGGUUCACUAGAUAUUGAAAAGUCAGUCGCGCCUGAAUAUAUUAUCGAAUCUUUCAAAGAAAAGCUCUCAAAUACUUUUCAAGAUGAUCAUUUAGAAGCUUUCAGUGCACUAGCUGAUUAUUUGGCUGGUGAACUUCAAGGUCAUGAGAUCCAAUCACACAUUACAGCUAAAAACUUGGUUAUUGCAACUGAAGUACUCAAAGAAAAUAGUUACACAAGAAUCAGCAGUGAUGAAAUAAUCAUAGUUGAUCCUUUAGAGAUAUAG